UUUUUUUUUUUUCACUGGCACUGUCCUGACUGAGUGCUGAGCAGGGACCAACGGUGGAUGAGGGAGAGCAUCAUCCACAGCAGUUGGGCGCAGGACCGAAGCAUGCCCCAGGGCAGCCAUGACUUGCUCGGCUUCAGACAGCGAGAAGAUUGUGAUAAACUGCGGCGGGAUCCGACACGAAACCUACCGGAGCACUCUGAAGACAUUGCCCGGGACGCGUUUGUCUUGGCUGACCGAGCCCGAUGCCUUCAGCAACUUCGAUUACGACCCUAAGUCGGACGAAUUCUUUUUCGACCGCCAUCCAGCCACCUUCGCUUUCAUCCUAAAUUACUACCGCACCGGUAAGCUCCAUUGUCCAAACGAUGUCUGUGGACCAUUAUUUGAAGAGGAGCUCGCCUUUUGGGGCAUUGAUGAGACUGACGUGGAAGCGUGCUGCUGGAUGAACUACAGGCAGCACCGCGACGCAGAGGAAGCCUUGGACAGCUUUGAGACUCCGGAGCCAGACGUACCUGAGGAUGACCCGGCACUCACCGGCGGAGUGGAUGGAGACCUAAAGCGGCUUUGCAUGCAGGAGGACGGCCGCAAAGCGACUUGGUGGGAAGUAUGGCAGCCCAGAAUGUGGGCGCUGUUCGAGGACCCUUACUCCUCCAAAUACGCUCGGUAUGUGGCCUUGGCCUCGCUGUUCUUUAUCCUUCUCUCGAUCUCCACCUUCUGCUUGGAGACCCAUGAAGCUUUCAACACAAUCUACAACAAAACAGAAAAUGUCACUACUGGCAACAUAACACAUGAGGAGAUUGUAUAUGAAGUUGUGACAGAUGGCUGGCUGACAUAUGUGGAGGGUGUCUGUGUCAUCUGGUUCACCAUUGAGGUGGUGGCCCGGGUCAUCUUUUGCCCUGACAAGGCAGAGUUCUUCCGUAGCACCCUUAACAUCAUUGACUUUGUGGCUAUUGUUCCCUUUUACCUGGAGGUAGCACUUAGUGGCCUGUCCUCUAAAACAGCCAAAGAUGUGUUGAGCUUCCUACGUGUGGUACGUUUUGUCCGUAUCCUGCGUAUAUUCAAGCUAACCCGCCAUUUUGUCGGUUUACGGGUUUUGGGCCACACUUUGCGGGCAAGUACCAAUGAGUUCUUGUUGCUAAUAAUUUUUCUGGCGCUGGGCGUCCUCAUCUUUGCUACUAUGAUCUACUAUGCUGAACGUAUUGGAGCUGACCCUAAGGAUCCAACUGCUGCAGCCCACACCAACUUUAAGAACAUUCCCAUUGGCUUCUGGUGGGCUGUGGUGACAAUGACUACUCUUGGAUAUGGAGAUAUGUACCCGGAAACAUGGUCGGGAAUGCUAGUGGGUGCCCUAUGUGCCUUGGCUGGUGUGCUAACCAUUGCUAUGCCUGUGCCUGUUAUUGUCAACAACUUUGGGAUGUACUAUUCGCUGGCCAUGGCAAAGCAGAAGCUUCCAAAGAAAAGGAACAAGCACAUCCCAAGAGCGCCACAGCCAGGAAGUCCUAAUUACUGCAAGCCAGAUGCUCUGGCAAUGGCAACUGCUUCUCCACAUAGAUUAAUGGGCAAUGUAAUUGGGCCAGGCCUGGUGGAAUCUGGAAGCAUGAUAGGUACUGGAGACUGUCCAUUGGCACAGGAAGAGAUCAUUGAAAUAAACAGAGCAGACUCUAAGCAGAAUGGUGAUGCAGCUGCCAAUGCAGCUGCUCUGGCCAAUGAGGACUGUCCUACCAUAGACCAGGUUCUUGGGGAUGAGCGCAGUCCAGUCACUGGAGGACUUGGCUCUAACACCAGCCGUGAACGGUACCCACACGACCGUGCCUGCUUUCUCCUGAGUGCUGGGGAGUUUCAGCGAACCACAGAUGGGAACGUUCGGAAAGUGCUGAGCUUCUAACUCAACCACCACUUUCUCAUCAUGAAGAGGACAACAGUAAAUAUCUCAAGUGCUGCUGUUCGACUUUUUCCCUAAUAUUUUCAGUGCAGAAAUUGAAAAAUGAUCAAGAGGAACUGAGUAUUACUUUCUCACUACUUCCAUUAUUAUAUUCUACAGAAAAGAGGUAUGAGCCCCUCAAAUCCUUCCACCAUUUUUGAAGCAGAUGAAGCACAGAAGAAGCUUCACAAAUGAAUAUCGUGAGAGUUGGAUCUGGAGGUCACUAUUUCCACAGCUCCAUGUAAUUAUUGCUUUACAGAUGACAUAUUUUGUUUGAAGGAACUCCAGUUUUGGUUUCUGUAGCUGUUAGAUCAGUUCAGCUCUACUGAGGACGAUAAAAGAUGAACUAAGCUUCCUACUGCUCCACUCACACUGAUCUGUACUCAGCUACUGGACCUACAAGAAAACACUGAAGUCUAGUAGAUUUCAGAAAAUACAAGCCAUCUCUCCAAUCUUGCAGUGCAUUUUGAAUGUCUUCUUGACACGUCCCUAAAGUCCUAAUGCUGUUCAUUUUCACCAACUUUGACCGAAUUUAACCAAAGACAGACACUUGGAUGGACAAAUCAGAUGGUACAAGCAGGAGCUUACUCAAAUUCUCAUGACAAGCAAGACUCUUUCACUGAGGAUUACGACUUAACUGGAUAAUUUUUCCUUUUUUUCAACAUUAUGAUAUCUUUCCAUGCCACCUCCACUUCCUUCUCUGCAGCUCAGCUUUGAAGCUGCUCCUCAUCUCCAGAAAAUGUUGCAUGGCAUGAAUUGAAACAAUUUAAAACAGGAAAAUGCAAUCAGAGGAAUGAACAAAAUCCAGAGAAUAGGUCAGUGGGUGAAAUAUUAUAUAUUUUUCCACUUAGUAAUUUUAGAAAAAAAAUGCAUAUUUUGCCUUGAACCCCACGACUUGCUGUUAAAAUAAUAAGAAAAAAACAACAUAUCCUACUGAAAACAGCACUUUGGAGACAUAAUGAAUGAAGAAGCACUUCUGUGUCCUGUUUUUCUUUUUCUUUUUUUUUUCAAAUGAAGAGGAACAAAGAUCCUGCAGACCAUGCUCCUCCCAGAAUGUGAAAGAAGAUAAACUUAAAGACAGCAGGUUGUCAGCAAUAUUAGAACAUCUCUGCUAAGCUAUUCUAGGAACAGAAAUGACAAUGACUUUUCAAGACAUUGUUUACCAGCAUGAAUAUUUUGCAUGACUCCUGCAAGCCACUCUGAUCUCUCCUUAUGAAUAAUAAUUCUAAAAAUUUAAGUGUGUUUACUUUAAACUGUGUUUAAAUACCACAGACUGUAUUGACAAAACAUUCAUUUUUGGAUGUAGUACUAUCCCUAUGCUCAAAAAACUUCUGUGCUUGCUACAAAAAAGAUAGCUACAUCAUACAUGGAAACUUUUUUAAAAAUGCAAGUAUGUGUUCUGGUAUAUUAGAACAUUCUAGUACAUUCUUCUGUUACUCAUAUUAUUUCCAAUAUGGUUGCUUUUUUACUUCCUCCCCACAGCAGUUCUUCCAAUUUUCUUCUUGUAGCUUUUACUCAAACUUUGAACUAUACAAUGGCAGCUGUGUGUGCCUGUGCCAGUAACCGGAUGCAAACAUUAUUUUAAACUAAACUGUGCUAUCACUGUUUCUGAGAAUCUGAGCUGAAAGUGUCUGCUGUCCCUUUAUGUGGAUCUUCCUGUCUGACCCUGGUAUCUAUGGUAUUAACCUGUUCCAUGCAUUUCCAAAGGGAUUUUUCCCUCCACAGCUUUUCUGUUUAUUUGACUUUAUGAUACAUCUUUGUCAGGAACUGGGAUUAAUAACUUGAGAAAAAUAAUAACAAUAAUAUAUGUUAUGCAAGUUGCAUAAAAAAAGAACAAAUUAACAAAUUAAGAACAAAUACACAAAUGUGGGGAAUAUUUUGGGCAAAUCUUUGUCACAAAGCUGGCAUAGUAUCAACUUUUGAAACUUCUUGUUCAAAUACCUUUCCAGCCCUUCAGUUUUACUGCUGAAGUACUCCUGGCCAAAACAGUCACCUUCUGAAUCUAACUAAGCAAAAAGGUAUGAGCCUUCUGUUGGAAGAUUAGUGCAUAGGCAGUUAUGUUUCAGCUGGCAACAAGUUAUUUAACCCCAACUGGUGCAAUGAGUUGCUUCUCAUUUCAACCUGGAGAGACUCACACAGAGAAAAACAGCAAUUAGGAAGUUUUAUUGACUUAAAUGAUUUAAAGUUCCUUGGCACUCGGACCCUGGCAGAAAAUAUUGUGCUGUGAAUUGCGAUAAGCUUGGAUGAGCAUUAGCAAUGAUGAUUCAAGACGUCUUCCCCCAGGGCCUGUACACUGGAGGUUGGAGAAAGGAAAGUAGCCCGAAGGAGCCAGGAGCAGAGAGGUGGAGAAGGGGUGAAGGUGGGCUGAGCACAACUGGAAAGCAGAUGGUAUCAUGGAUGAAGAUUCUUAUAAAUGGAUGAGUGAAUGAUGAUUGGCUAUGACAGGGCAUGGUCCGAUGCUAAUAGGCUGUGGUGUAUUACACCCCAGCCUAUUGGUGUAAUAGGCUGCGUAUUACAGCCUAUUACACAGGGGGAUGACCUGUGUCAUCCACCUGUGAUUGGAUGGCACAGUGAUUGGAUGGCAGCCUAUUGGUGUAAUAGGCUGCCUAUUACAGCCUAUCAGGGGGAUGACCUGUGUCAUCCACCUGUGAUUGGAUGACACAGGUGAGGCUGUAGAGUUUUCCUGGUUGAAUUUUCAUCUAGUCUUCAUGUCUUAAACAACCACAUCUAAAGACACAUAUUGUGGCCGUGGAAAAGAUGUCAGUCUGUUUGAGAAGAGUCAAAUCAUUGGUAUGCAUCAAGCAGAGGAAACAUCUAAGGAGAUUGCAGAAACUACUGAAACUGGAUCAGUAACUGUCCAACACAUUAUUAAAAACUGGAAGGAUAAUGGAGACCAAUUGUCUUCAAGGAAAAAAAGUGGAUGGUAAGAAAUCCUGAAUGAUUGUGAUCGGUGAUCAUGUAAAUGUUUUGGUGAAAUGAAAUCGAAGAAAAACAGUAGAACUCCAGUCUAUGUUUUAUAGUGAAAGUAAAAACAUCUCCACACGCAGAAUGUAAAGGGAAGUCAAGGGCCUGGGACUGAACAGCUCUAUAACCUUAAGAAAACCACUGAUCAGGGAAGCUAACUGGAAAAAGGCUUCAAUCUGCUGGGAGCAGAAAGAUUGGACUCUGGAGCAAAAGAAGAAGGUCAUGUGGUCUGAUGAGUCCAGAUUUACCCAGAGUUCCACAGUGAUGGGUGCAGCAGAGUAAGAAGAGAGACAGGUGAAGUGGUUACCCAUCAUGCCUAAUGAUUACUGUACAAGCCUGUGGGGGCUGUGCUAUGAUCUGGAGUUCCUGCAGUUGGUCAGGUCCAGGUUCAGCAACAGCAUGCGGCAUAUUCCAAGAUGGUAAUGCCAGGAUUUAUGGGGGUUGAAUUGUGAAAGACUAGUUCAGGGAGCAUGAGACAUCAUUUUCACACAUAGAUUGACCACAACAUAGUCCAGACAUUAAGCCCAUUCAGAUGUGCUGGAAAAGGCUUUGCACAGUGGUCAGACUCUGUGAUCAUCAAUGCAAGAUCUUUUUGAAAUUGGAUGAAAUUAAACCUUGUCACAUUCCAGAAUUUUUUUGGCCAGGCAAUGUAUAGACUAGGGUCAUUGACUUGUCUAGAUAUCCAUACAUACAAAUGAAAAAAAAAAAACUUUAAAAAUGAACUCACGGUUUUUAGUUACAGAAUGAUCCAAUAAACAGAAAUGAAUCUCCCAACAUUCAGAGAAACUCCUUUAUUUAUUGUCAAACAAGCAGUCCUAUUGCAGUAAGGUUUCCAUUCAAAUUCAGAUCCUGCUCUUAGGUUUUCCCUGAAAAGGCAUGAAUUUCCUCAAGCUAUGUAUAACUUACACAAGUGUAUCAUAAAUUCAUUUUGGAAAUAAGCAACAAGUCUGAAAACAGCAAAAGAUUUGUGUAAUGAAGUCAACUGAAGAAGCUUAAAAUUGUCUGUGUGCAAACAUAAACUGUCAGGAACUGGGAGUGAAGGAAGUGAAAUGUUUUAGAGGAAGUGGAAGAUUCUUAUAUGAAUAUUCUUCACUAGAGUGGAAACCAAUUGAUUUGUUUUCAUCUUGUUAAAAAGACAACAGUAUGUUUUUCUGAAAUGAGCUGGGUCUGUGAGCUGCUAAUUCACACAAGUACAGCAAUUAAUAAGAAAAGAAAUGGUGCAUAACAAGAGAGGCAGAAAUGUUGAGUAAAAACAAAACAAAAAAAACUUGAUAAGUUGAAAGAAUAUUGAUUUGGCCAACUACCCACAGCAUUUCAUCAACCUUUUGAAUAGACUGAGAAAUUUAUUUUUGCAGUUAUUUGAUACUCUAAUUUCACCUGAAGAUUUGUAUAAUAUAUAUGUUCUGUAUGGUGUAGUGUUUGGUUUGUCUGGGGGUGCUGUGUGUGAGCUGUUCUGGAGUUGUGACAGCAAAUUUAUGGGAAACUUUAAAGUGAAAUAGUCAACAAUGAGGGUGCAGGUCUAUUCAUUUCUUUGCCUUUGUAUAAUGUGGACUUUUAGUCCUUUCAUAUAAGGACGGGGUAUCUAUCACAGGACAUUUCAUACUAUGCAUUCUUGUCUACCCAUCAUGGGACUAUUAUUCACAUCAACUUUAGUCACCAAUGGUUUCAAGUCAUUGAUGGUUUCAAUACAUUCAGAUAAAUGUGAAAUUCUCUUUAUAAUUCACCAGAACAUUUAACUACCUAGAAGUAUAACCUGAUACCCGACGGUUGUGUAAAUGAAAUGGUGUGCUGAGUGGUAUGUUAGGGGACUGAGUUGGGACAAAAUGGCAGCUCAAGUGUAUGAAUUGAGGUAUAAAUUGGCAAAGGAGCCUGAAAAUCGUCUCAGUAUUCAGUUUUUUUUUCUCCUUGUUCUUUUAUCAUGUGCAUGCAUUUUAUUUUGCACCAGAUAAACUUUUAAAACAUUUUACCUAAAUUUUCCUCCCCAGCAUCUUGCUUUCCUCUAAGGAAGUUAAGUAAAUAAUGAUUAAAAAUCUCUCGACAGUAAUACAUAAGAAAUCAUGUUAAAUAUUUCUUUGCUAAGGGCUAUAGAAGUCUUUCUAGAAUUCUAGUACUUUUGGUAAACCUGCUACAAAAGUAUUUCCUAAUGUUUUGCAAUGAAAAUUUAUACAAAAUCUUCGCUUAAAAUAUUUAAAUCAGGGUUGAUUUUGGUUGGGUAAGUACUAAGAAAACACUUAGUCAUUUGUGUCCUUUGUGUAUUUGAAUAAUUGGAAACUUGCUCAUGCCUCUGCAAGCAAGAUGAAACAUUGAGUUUCAGAAAGACACUGAAAUGAUUCACGUUUGGAAACUGGAGUUUCAUGAAGGUUUGCAAACUUUAAACUAUGUCAUAUCUGAUAAACAUAAACUAUAACAUUUACUUGACUUGCAACAAGUCUAACUAAAUGAAGUGAUAAAAGACUGCUUUUGCUGUUAUUUUAUUUUUGCUGUUAUAUUUGCAUAUUUCUUUGUAUUAUGUGGAGGGUUAUAACAAAUGGUAUAUUAACUAAAUCAACAGAGAACAACUCUCAGGAAUAUUUUGUAUAAAAAUCAGACAUAAAAUGUGAAAUAUUAUGAUGCUUCUGUAUAUAUUUUCAAGAUCAUUGAUGCUAACUUCAGAUGAAUAUUCUGAUUAUUUCAAACUGUUGAUCUGGAUCUGUCCAACUUUACUUGAAGUCUUGAGGUAAAUAUUUCAGUCGAAGCUGUAUCAAGCUGCCCCUUCAGACAAUGUGCUUCACCUUCGAAAGGAUCUAAAAGGAAGUUCCAACCUCUUAUGUUAAAUUUAUCAAGUGAAUGUCUUCAUCUCACAAUAUUGUUCUGUAUUUGCUUCAAGCAGAAAAACAUCUGAACAUCAGUGACAUCAUUUUGUUGCAUGUAAUUUUAAAACUGUGAUCACAAAUAGAACAAUAAGUGCAUCUAUAAUGACUUUGAAACAAAAGCAUGCACUGAACAUACUUAAAAGCCUAUGCAAGAACUAAGUUUAGCUUUUGGUUAUUGCUUUCCAAGAAACACCUGGUCAUGUGUCACAAAUGUCUUGAUCAGUUCAGUAAGGUGGAGGAAUUUCAGAUUGUAGUGACUUACUAGUGCAACCCUACCUUCAUUUGUUGUUUUUUGUCAAAAAAAUGUUCAAAAUUUCAGAAAAUGAAAUUUUCUGAAACUUAGUUUUAAAAAGAGCCUCACCAUCUGCCGUAUCAGGGGAUGUAAAAAGGAAGACAAAUUUCAGAAGAGCAAGAUUGUUUACAAGAUUCCCAUCAUGCAUCUGUUUUGUCCAAUUUUGAUUUAGAAAUUUAUGCUCAAUGUAUAAGACCUAUUUGUGUUUUGUUUUAUUUUUGUUAAAAUGUGUGUUUGUGCAAAAACAUUUGAAUUUAUUUUUCAGGAAGUAACCUUUGGGUUGAAUUAGCUAAGCCAUGAGCUUUUACUUUUAGCUAACCUAUAUGUUUGAUUAUCAUUAUUUUAAUGGAAAAACAUUUAAAUCACUGUAAAGUAUUUUUUAUAGGUUAUUCCUCAGUUCAAGUGAAUUUAUCUUUUGUUUGGUUUUCUGAAGAAAUGCAGUGAAGCUGUCCAAUACUGUUUGUGACUCAUGCAAGCUCUCUGACAUCCUGAUAACAAUCUAAUAUAUUAAAUGAUCACUGUUCAUUUAGACUCAGAAUUUCCAAAUCACGGGUCUGUUAUUAUUGUUCAUUCAAUAUACCUGUGAUAAAAUGGACUUUUAGUUUUAAAAAUUGGAAUGAGUUCCAGCAGUAAUCUCUCUUCUAUAUGACUUCAAAACUUUUGACCUCAUCCCCUUCAUGUCUCCAUCUCUUGCUCCUGAGCCAUAAGUCGUUAUAUUUGACCUAGUUGUUUUCUACAAACUGUUUUAGAUUCAUUCCAAAUGCAUGUGCAGGACACCGACUAAACUGACCUUAAUGUAAAUGUUCUUUUGAAAGGAAGUCUUUCCUCUGCUAAUAAAAAAGUCCUCUUCUUCUUUUCAGUUUCAGAGGAGAAAGCAAUUUUAUGGAUUAACAAGAGUACACAGUGUCAGAGUAAAGUGUGCAAAUGGAUUGAGCUUCACAAAUUUUGUGAAAAUCUUAACAGCAGAUUGAAAUGGAGCAGAUGAAUGUCUCAGUUUUCAGCAGUGCUUUAAGUGGAACAAAAAACAUGCUUUUAGGUAGAUCUGUCUAUUCACAUAUAAAUCACAGGUAUUAUUAUACAGAAAUGAGAAAGAAACAAAUUUCAAAGUGUCAUGGAGCCACUUUUAUUAACUUAAAGCCUCAUGGUGAUAACAUGGACAUAAAAAAAUAAAGUUAUAAAAUACAAGCUUCUUAAAGACAUAAAUAAGUGAAAGACUUGAGUUUUUACUGUUACAGGGCAUAUAAAACCUAUACUACUAAAGGAAAAACUACGACUCAUUUAACAUUUCCAAAAUUCCCGUUCCACUGUGGGGUAACAUUUAAAAGUGCUUUUACUGCGUACUGAUGCAUACCAGCCCACUUAAAGCACUGACCUGUCAUGGUAUUUUUUUUACCCACUUCCUCCUCCUUGUUUUUACAGCAAUCCUGUUAUAAUUUUUAAAUCAACGAUAAAUUGUAUGUUUGCCAUGUUGAUUUUGUGAUCACAAUAAAGAGACAGAAAAUAAAUGACCUUAAUGAUGAGAGGCUUCCUUCAACUUAUGAAUGAGUUUAUGCAAUAAAGAUGCUGAAUCUGAGUAUAUUGUCAAAACACUCGAGAGAGAAAAAGUACAAAGUAUCUUCCACUGUACACAAUGUAUUUUGAUUGAAUGUCAUGCCUGGUAUUUACAUUUUCUAUUUUUAAACAUGUAAAAAUGAAUACAAGUGUUGAAAAGAGACUUAUAAAAAAAAAGCUAUGCUGUAAAAGAAAACACCAAGUUCUGACUGAAUGCUGAUUUACUUGAUCAAUUACCCUUUUAAAGAAUAGGAUGAAUAAAAGAACUUAAGACUAUUAUAUAAAAAAAAUGUUUGGAAAAAAGUAACACAUUCAGUUGAAUGAGAAACUUCAGACAACAAAUAAAAAUAUGACUAAGAAAUUUUA